AAAGAGCAGGAGGAUUUAGUAGGCGGGUUGCUUAAUUCAGUCAUUAAAGUCGACUUGUCAUAGAUGUCAUUCAGAUUGUCAAUUGCCGCUUACUUCAAGUGAAAUUGGAACAAUCAAAGAGACAGGUGAAGGGUCGUAGUGUUGGAGUGUCAAAGAUGGCUGAUCAGAUUGAACUGCGUAUGAAUUUGGCAGCAAUUAAACGAGUUGAUCCGUACGCCAAAGACAUCGUGGAUUCUUCCGCACACGUUGCAUUCUACACAUUCAAUUCUGAAGAAAGCGAAUGGGAAAAAACGGAUGUAGAGGGUGCUUUCUUCAUUUACAGCCGGAACGCUGAACCUAUCCACAGUAUUUUUAUAAACAACAGACUCAAUACGAAUUCUUUUGUUGAGCCGAUAACAGGACAACUUGAGCUGCAGUCACAGCCUCCGUUCCUCCUCUAUCGCAACGAAAGGUCACGUAUUCGAGGUUUUUGGUUCUAUAACAGUUCAGAGUGUGACCGCAUCGGAGAGUUGGUAGGACGUCUAAUCAAAGAGUGUGAGGUAAAAAGCAGUGUGAAUAAGACGCAAGAAAUGAUGCGGCCGGCAACAAACAAUGUCGACAUUUUUACUAUGCUGAGUAAAGCCCAGGAAGACUUUAAUAAUGCAAAAGGCCAGUCGAAUAGUACGAAGAGCGAAAGUCGGCCGCAACCAGAUGUUACAUCGCAAAGUGUGAUGAAUUUUUUCGCAGCUGCAAAGCCGGCAGCCGCAUCUGAAGUUCCUUUGUUCCAAAGGCUGUUAUCAAAUCCAGUGAGUGUUGAUCAAAUCGAGAAACAACAAAGAGCAACGACGCCACAAGAUGAAGUUCUAGUGCCACCUUUUCAAGCGAAUCAAGAAUUGGUUGUAUCGCCUUUGGCGAAAUUCAUGGGAUCGUCAAAUGUGAGUGCAACAAGCUGUCGCAACCCUGCUCCACUUACGAGUACGCAAGGCGCUUCAGAGGUAGAAUCGAAUUCGCAGCAAAAGCCCAUUCAACAACUUCUCCGGCGUGAAAAUUCUUUGCCAAUCCAAUCACCGUCAUCUUCGUCGAAGCCAGCGCUAAUGCCUCCCACCAUGUUCCUAUCGACAUCGUCGGGCAAAGCCCCGGCAAGCAUUGAUGGUAUCAGUCAGAAUCCUACAAUAUUGGCGGCGAACAUUACGCAGGCAUUGAACCAAAUGGACCUUUCCGGACCAGAAGCGGUGGGCUUCGCGAAGCCUGAACCCCUGACUCAGACGCAAUUGCUGCAGGCAAUGCUGUAUUUAAUAAAAAAUGAUCCAGAUUUCAUAAAAAAAUUGCACGAAGCCUAUCUCAAAUCAUUUACUGACAUGGUGUCGUCGUAAUUGUGCAGAUAUUCCCAUUUGCUUGGAAUGGUAUUACGCUUGGAAGCAACUUCCCUAGUUGUUAAAUAUUUUUAAGUAUUCGUAAACACACUAGGAACUUCGAAUUCGACGAGAACUUUUAAUCAGAUUAUUUUGCUUAAGGCCGAUGGAGGAAACACGGUAUGCGCUUGCAUAAAAUCUUAGGAUUCUCAAGAAAUUGGUUGGCCAUUUAAACAGUUACAGUAGAUUUUAUUGAAAAUUUCUCAAGCCCAAGUAUUUGCUGCGGUUUGAACUUUUCAGAUCCCGCCUUUGAACAAAGAAACUAUGCCUUCAGCCGAAAAUGAAGUUGUGAGCGUGUAGUGGCAUUGCGUCUUUUAAUCAAGUACCAUAAUUUUAUGUCCUUAGCAGGCACCAGUCUUUGAAUAUUUGAAUUAAAAUUUUAUCGCCAAAAGUCGAAGUUUCCCGUGAAGACGACUUGACUAUUCACUUCCAGCUUUUCCAAAAUGUCCUUAAACAAUUGUUUGCUUCUUUCCUGACAAAAACUUUCUAUUGGCAUACGUUGGAUGAUGAUUAAUGCGAUUACUCACUUGUACCAUAAGCGAAUCACAAGCUAGAGAAUAUACCAAUAAAGAGCAUUUGUAUGAUAGCUUCAUUAAAGAGUUUCGUGAUGUAAUACGUGAAAGUCGAAAACACUAGUCUCUUGUGGACAUUGUUUAGAAUAAAAACGGUAAUGUUAAGAGAAAUGAAAAUUUUAAUAGCGACUCGUUGGAAACAAUACUCGAAAAAAUUAAGAAAAUAAAUCAAACUUCAAGGAAAUCUGA